AUGGGGAGUUGGGGGCCUAGUGGGCCGCCCCCGGUGCAGGCUCCCUACACGGUCCUGCUGCUGCCGCUGGAGACCAGCCGCCAGGAUCCAGGCGCCCGGAGCUUCUUCCUUUGGCUGCAGAGGAUGCGGGCUCUGGAAAGGCAGCAGGACGCCCUGUGGCAGGGGCUGCAGCUGCUGCAGCGAGGCCGGGCCUGGUUUGAAGACCGCCUGAGGGAGGCCCAGCGACAGCAGCUGCAUCUGGGGGCCCUUGGUGAGGAUUUUCUAACAGACUCACACUCGGAGCCUGAGGGCUCCCGGUUAGCCCAGAUUCAAAAAGUGAACACCUGUUUGCAGAAUCUGAUUCAGGAGAAGCUGUCCCCACGUCCACUGAACAGGGCUGGUUCCAGCGGCCCCCAGCACUGGAAGGAAAGGCCAAGGAAGCAGAACGUGGGGCAGCCACAGGAGUGGCCAAGGCAGCAGAGAGGAGUCAACCGGUCCGCGGGGCAGACGGCUCAGCCCCGCUGUCCCCGGGGGCGGAGGGCUGCCACCCGGGUCUGAACCUCCUCCCGGUCCCUCGGUCGUGAAGGAGUCAUUGCCGGAGCCACCUUACUCUGCUGCACGGCUUCAGGGCGCGGGGCGGUGAAGUUCAGACAUCUCCGUGGGAAGCGUCCUGAAAACUCCCAUGUCACCUCCGCGGGGUCUCAGGCCCUCCCCGCCCCCACACGAUGCGCAAGAAUGAGCUUUCCUUAAAGGCCCUCGGGAGAAGA